CUGGUUUCGCCCCAGCGGAGGGGGCUGGCGGGCAAUAAACGACUAAACCCAACAUAAGAAGAAGAGUUCCAUCUCUUUAACUGUCAUGGCGGCGCAGGCGCGCGCAAUGGUGACGAGUCAGUGGCUCGCGGAUGCCAUCAGAAAAAAUUUCGUCGGUAAAAAGCUUCGAGUUCUCGACGCUUCGUGGUACCUCCCGAAAACGAACCGGGACCCCAAAGCCGAGUUUAAGCAGAAGCACAUUCCGGGCUCGUCUUUCUUCGACAUAGACGAGUGCUGCGAUAAGAACUCCGCUCUGGAUCACAUGCUGCCUUCGUCGGAGGUUUUCUCGGAUUAUGCCGGAGAUUUGGGCAUCGGCAAUGACACGCACGUUGUCGUGUACGACACCAGUGACGUGGGUGCGUUCAGCGCGCCCAGAGUGUGGUGGAUGUUUCAGCUGUUCGGCCACAGUUUGGUGUCGGUUCUGGAUGGCGGCAUGAAGAACUGGCUGGCUGAAGGUCACCCGGUGACCAGCGAGUGUUCGACACCCGAGCGACGGGAGUUCUGGGCGAACAUCAACCGGUCCUGGGUGAAGAACUACGAGGACGUGCUGGACAACAUCAAAACCAAACAGGCCCAGGUGGUGGAUGCCAGGUCUGCUGGAAGGUUCAGAGGCACGGAGCCGGAGCCCAGAGACGAUAUAUUGCCUGGACAUUUCCCAGGUGCCAUUAACAUGCCAUUCACCACAUUUUGGGACACCUCUGGGAAGUUGCUGGGGCUGGAGGAUUUGUCCAGAGUCUUCAAGGAGGCCGGCGUGGAUCUGCAGCGGCCGAUCUGGUCCACCUGUGGGUCCGGCGUCACCGCUUGUCACAUUGCUCUGGCCGCGCACAUGCUCAGACGCCCCGGGGUGUGUGUUUAUGAUGGCGCCUGGAGCGAAUGGUUCAAUCGAGCAUCACCGGAGCACAUCAUCUCUGAGGGGAAGGGAAAGGAGGCAUGAAGAAAAGUGGGAAGGUGAUGGACUGCCACGACAACGGAAGAAACAUGCCCUUUUUUAAUACCACUGUUGUGGCUGUGAGAUAAUGUCUGCGCAUGAAGGAAGGUCUGCAUUAAUGUGAGCGUGUUGUGGUAACUGACGUUUCUUGAAAUUCCUGUAACACAGCUGAUUCCCAUUAAUACGCAGCAGGGCUGCUUGGUUAUGCCAAAAUUGAAAUCAUGAUUGAGGAUGAUUACUCAAUGACUCUCAAAA